AUGGGUGGCGCACAGGCAAAGGAGGCGCUGCGGUAUUUUGCUGACGUGGUGAGCAGCGACGCGCACCCCGACGAGAAGGAGUUCACGGAGCGAUUGACGCGCUAUAAAAAAGACAUCUGCUCCAGCUCUGAGUCCUACCGGAUGUCGCUACCAGUGCUGCGGCAGUUGGUGCUGCUGUGCGUGCAGAAGCAGCGGGUGCGCUGGCUGCUACGCUACUGCCUGCAAGAGCUCGAGCACGCCUCCUGCAACUGCAUCCAGGGCCCCAGCGAGGCGUUCCUCGCCGCGCUGCACAUCACGGAGCAUGCCGUGCGCUACGCCCACCGUGUCGCCCGCGGGGGCGCUGCGCAGCUGCUGCAGAUCAUGACGGGCGACGAAGGCAGCGACAGCGGCGCACGCCCGGAGGAGUGGACGACAACGGAGGCGCACAAACUGUGCGUGGCGCUGAUGGAGUACUCCGUGUCGGUGCCACUGACGCCGACCACUGUGGAGGCGCACCACGAGAUCGUGAGCCUCCUCCUCGCCAUGACCUCCUCCGCGCUGUACCACUCAACCACCUACGACGAGAGCCACGUGGACGUUUUCACGGAGAUGAUGAUGGCCUCGGAGGGUCUUACGGCGUUUCUUGCAACACUGCUUAGGCGGCUGGUGGAGUGGGGCGCCGGACGCCUUCCAUCCUUCCCCCUUUUGUACCGCGACGGCUACCAACCGUCACUGCGAAACUUGUUUAACGUGUUUGGUAGACGAAAUGGAAAUCAUUCUAUCAGUUGCGGGGAAAGUUUAGGACGGCACUGCGCCCAACUACUGGCAGUGCUCGUGGCGCACCAGAAGGGUAAUGGACAUAAUCCCGCACUGGACUAUGUAGGUUCCAUUCAAGACGGUGAACAUAUUGAGUUUAAGUUAUUGCUAACUGCAUUGGUUAGCCGGUUGCAGGUCUGCCCUGCGCUUUGUAUUGUGCUGUAUGCUUUGGUCUAUGAUCACCCCACCUUCCUUCACACUGCAAUGACUGCAUACCCGAAGGAACUCCUGGAUGUCGUUCAGGAGGUCCUUCACUUGAGUUACACGGCGGCAACAGAUGCUGGGAUUGGUAUUGCUGAAGCUACUAAAACUUCUGCCCUCGGCCCUGCAACAAGUGAGAGCUGCAAGGUUUCUAUAGCGGAGGAGGAUCUGUCACCUGAAGCCAUCGCAAGUGUUAUGCGGGAGAUGGUACUCUUCUCGUACCCGUUCAUUAGUUUCAUGACCAGCACGCUGGUGCUACUCUUUUCGCAGGAUCAGGUUCUGAACAAGCACAUGAGCGACACUGUUAUUGAGCCCCGUUUUAAAAUAGCUUAUUAUGCAGGCAAGCUGCCGAUUAGCUCACUUUGUAUUGUGGUGCUAGCACACGGCGUUGCCAGAGCUUUGAAUGAGAGGAAUGAGCCCUUGGCAGCAGUUUUCAUACCAAGUUUGUCGAAUUUAGCCCCCUUCAUUCAUGACAUUGACGCCUACACCUCCCAACGGCUGCUGAAGCUGCUUCUACUGACGCAGCGAAAGCUGCGGCGCUCAGUAGAACUUGCGAGUCGCAGUGGCAGAAACGCAGCAAGCGGCAAGCACAAUAACAACAACAACGAAGAUAACAGUAACACGGAAGCCGCUGCAGCUGAUAUGUUUGUGCGUCAACUGACCGCCCUUGCGGAGGCAGUGGAGGGGAUGCUGCAUGGCGAGGAUCGUCGGAACGAUUCCCUCGUGUAUGAGCUGCUAUACAACCGUGCGAAGCUGGAAGAGGGCAUCGCGGCGAUUGACGCCUGCUCGCACAUCGCAGCCGCACACAAUGCACUGCGCCCGCUGUUCCGCAUCGUUGAUUUCUAUGAGACGGAGCUUGCGAGCGUCACGGUAGUGGAAUCGUACAACGAUAUCCUCUCCGUUAUCCGCCGUGUGACGCGCGAACACGCAGGCUCAAUCGGGGCUCUGCAGAACACCGUAUCAUCAGCAGCAGCAGCAGCAGCAACACCUGUGCCCGUGAAGGCGGUGGGCGGUGUGGGCUGGCGGGCGCGCGAGAUCCUCUUCGUGUAUGAGGAGUCUGCGCAGAGUUACGACUUCUUCGGCCCGUUCGUGUGGGCGACACUCCUCGGCGACGCGGUGCACCCUGGCGGAAUGAUGUGGGCCCUCGACACCGCCUCACUGGCGAUGUUCCCGGAGUGA